AUGUCUCUUGCCAUCAAUGAAUCUUUCCCCGCCAUUAGCCCUGCUGCUGUUGCCGUAGGUGCUUUGUACUCGCAUGCUACUUCAUUCAUCCUCAACCGUCCAGUUCUUGGUGCAGCUUUCCAAAAGGCACGUGCUUCUUCCUCGCUCGGCCAAGCCGUUCGGUCUGAUGAAACUGCCUCGGCUGCAAUUGCUCUCACAUCAUCCAGUCUUGUCUCAUUGAGCCAGUCUUAUGCUGUCAGUGCCCUUUUGAAGCUUGCCAAUGUGACCACUUAUAAAGCUGCCACAAUCGUGGGCACCUUGCUCUUUGCUGUCAACAGCGGUCCCGCAUUGGUCAAUGGUCUCUUCGUCAACAAGCAGAACCUGGACGCUAUCGCAGCUCAUGCUGCUGUGUCUCUCCUGGACACUGUUGGUCUGUCACUCGUCCUGACUUGGUGGAGUGGCGCUGAGACACCUCUACUGCAGUAA